UUUUUUACUCAAAUGCAAAUCAAGCUUGUUACUCUUACUAUUUGUGCUUCUCUUGUAGCUAUUGGCUUUGCUGCUCCUGCUCCUCAAGAUGGUCAAAGUUCUUUUGAUUCUCCAUUCAGUGAUGAAGUAGCUCCUUUUGUUUCUGUUGGUAGUGGUCCAAAUCCUCCUGCUGUUGGGGGUAUUGACGAAGGUGCUGAACCUGCAUUCUCGGAUGGCUUUGACAUUGGAGAGAAUCUAUUGCGAAAACGACAACCUCUUCGAAGACUAGGACGUAUUUUCAACCGUAUACGCAAACCCAGAAAACACUACUAGCAGCAGUUUAAAGAAGCCUCAUAAUGCCAGAAUAUAAAAUAUCAAUAAAAUUCUUUUUACCCUA